AUGUCUACCACUACAACGGAGAAGGACGAAAAGCCAGAGCGGCUCGAUAUGUCUGAUGGAUUGCAGAUCGCUCAACCUGAGACAUAUCCCGAGGCCGUCAACCGCUACUCUGCCAACGGCGAUACGAAGCUGCCACAAAUCAAUGACGAUGACGAUGGUGGACGGGGUCGUCUGCCGCGGACUAGAUCAUCACGCCUGCGAGGCUCUCACGAUAUUCUGUCGUACCGUACUGCAUUGGACAGCGAUCAGGAUCAAGCCCCUCACAUUCAGGUCCCGCCUGAUAUGUGGAAGAAGUUCUUUGCUCACCGACGACGUAAAUACUGGUUUACCAUCGCCAUGUCAUUCACCAUCGUUGCCGCACUUGUAGGCACCAGUAUUGGGGGAGGACUUGUGGUGCAAGAGAAAGCCGACAAGAAGGCCGAAGCACUUGCAGCGGAGCAGGCGGCGGCGAGUUCGAGCAUGGAGCUGUUCCCAACACCCACAUCGGCGAGUCCUUCGGAUAUUUCAGCGGAUGCCCCAUCGGAUACUCCAACGGAUAGCCCGGCGGCUGCAACUGAAGACACGGGCACCUAUUAUGCCGCGAGGCCGUUUGGCGCCAUUCAGUCAAUCAACACAACAUGUCCAUCUACCCUCCUCAUCUCGAGUCGACUGGAAGGCAAGAAGUCCGAUAUCAGUGGACGGUAUACCUACAACUGUCUCGACAGCACCAACAUCCUCGACACCAUCCUCAUGAGCUUCACAGCCUACACCCUGGAGCAAUGCGUCGACGCGUGCAGUCAAUACAGCGCCAUGAACGGAAGCAAUGCAUGUAAAGCCGCCGUGAUUAGCUCCGACUUUAGCACAAGGUACGAGACUGAGAAUGGCGCGAAUUGCUGGCUGAAGAGUGGCAGCGGGGACGCGAGUACGGGGCAGAAUGGGUAUACAGCGGCGGUGCUGCGGGAGGAUUAA